UUUCUUUUUUUUAAAUAAUUUUCCUAUUAUUGGUUUCAUCAUUUUUAACUGAAGGAAAUAUAUGUGUGUCACGUGUUUUUAUGUGUACUUUUAAAUCCACCUGUUAUUCUAAUCUCUGACGCCAACACCACUUCUUCUUUUUCUUCUUGUUUUUCUUCUUCCUCCUCCUCCUCCUCCUUCUCUUCUUCUUCUUCUUCUUCUUAUUUGGAUGAGGAUGAAGAUGAGGUUCUUUGAAUGGGAUUAAACGACGAACACAUACGUUGACGUUACUGUUGCUGAUGUUGAUGUUGAUGAUGCUGUUGCACUGGCCCUUUUGAAACGUGCCCGUGCGCGGGAAAAUCGUUACGGACCACCGUUCUCAACCGUCUUCCGCAUUCUCUUUCCUUUCGAACGAUCGUGAAACGAAGAGGAAAAGAAGAAGAGAAAGAGAGAAAGAGGAUAAAAGGGGGAGAGUGAGGGAGAGAGAGGGAGAGAUCGCAGAAGAGCGAUUUUCUUAAGAAUGGCCUGAGCCAAGGAAAAGUGACUUCUUCAUGGAUCGUUCACGAAAAUUGAGAAAUGUCACGUCAUCAUCGUGGACCUCCAUCGAAGUCGCGGGAGAAACCACUGGACGACUUGCUAUGCGAUUCAGGAUGACCAUCCUUGAUUUUCGGUGUAUCAUAUGCUACAAGAGAGAACUCAAUUUGGAAUUGGUCGGGAGAAUCGUGCUAGAGGUAGUUGGGGUACCUGGAGCAGUUGGAGCGAAUGUUCCAGAACUUGUGGCACCGGUGUUCAAUCUCAAUCACGAGAAUGUGUUCCUCUUCGGAGAGAUUUAAGAAAACGAAGCCCGAUCACGGAAAAUGAUACGACACAAAAUAUAAGGCCCAUCUGCAUCGGUAUAUACAAAAGAUAUCACACGUGUAAUACACAGGAUUGUCCGAAUUUUGCCGAUGACUUGCGAACGGAACAGUGCGCCAAAUACAAUGAAAAAAAUUACAAGGGACACGUUUACACUUGGAUCCCAUUUUUGGAUGCACCAAACUCGUGUGCACUCAAUUGCCGUGCAGUUGGUCAACGUUUUUAUGCAACGCUUGAACCAUCAGUAAUCGAUGGCACACCCUGCGACGGUCCAAAUCUUCGUGGACAUAAUACCGGAAUUUCUAUGGAACGUACGGAACGUUGGCUUUGUGUAGCUGGACAAUGCAAGCCCGUAGGUUGCGAUGGUGUAAUAGGUUCAGGUGCAACAAUGGAUGCAUGUGGUGUUUGUGGAGGACGAGGACAGGGUUGCAGAUCAUUCGAAGGUAUUUUUAUGGAACCGAUCCUACCAAAGGGCCAUUAUUCAAUAACAACGAUUCCAAAGGGUGCCAUGUCUCUCAACAUUUCCGAAUUACGUUUCAGUUCGAAUUUUUUAGCACUCAGGGACAGCAAUGGGAGUUACAUUUUAAAUGGGCCCUGGUCUUACAGUCCCAGUGGCACUUAUAAAGCGGCUGGCACAACAUUAACAUACCAAAGGGGAGAUAGAAACCGUUUGGAGUGCAUCUUGGCAACUGGACCGUUAAACGAUACACUUCGUUUAGAAAUCUUAUUUCAAGAAAUGAAUCCGGGUAUUCUUUACAAAUACAUGUUGCCAAUUAAAGGAGUAUUUACCGAAGGAGGAGAAGAAGGUGGGGGUGGUGGUGGUGGUGGAGGGGUUGGUGGACUAGGAGAAAGAAUUUUAAUACCGCCAAUUUCUGAACCAAUAUCGAGCAAUGAUCAAAGAGGGAAUGAAAUUCCCGACGGUGGUUCUCAUCGAAUCAUAAAUACUCCCUUGACGAGAACUUCUAUCAUUAGAAGAGCAGAUUUUCCACAAUCUCAAGGUGGUAUUCAUUACGAGCAUACAAGACACGCCUCACAAACGGAAGAAAUGAAACGUCCACCGACGACAGUGAUGGCAGGUGAUCAGCCUAAUUCAAAAAUGAAGAAGAAAAAACGAAAGAAAUUUGUUUGGAAAGAAUUUGGGCCAACGUCGUGUUCGAAAGAAUGCGGGGGAGGCGUUCAAACGUCAACCUGGAAAUGUGUUCGUGAAAGUACCGAAACAAUAGUUGUACACGAUAAACGUUGUCGUUAUAUAGAAAAACCUACAACUUCUUUAGUAAUACGGUGUAAUGAACAUCCUUGUCCGGCCAGAUGGAGAGCAGAAAACUGGAGCGAAUGUUCGGUUACUUGUGGUGUUGGUAAACGAACGAGAAAACUUGAAUGUAUUCAAGAAUUAAAUUCGAGAAUGACUAUGCGUGUUGCACCAGGUGCUUGCACUACACCACCUGAUUUAAAGACCGAAGAAUUGUGUUCAAGACCAGCCUGUUCGAUUAUGAAUACACCUGAACUGAGGCAUAUGCAACCAUUGUCAGUAUCGGUAUCUUCAUCAACAGGCAAAACUUAUUCACAAUCAACACAGAGGUGGAAUGUUGGUACUUGGGGUUCUUGUUCGACUAGUUGUGGAAAAGGAUUCAAAGAACGAACGGUCACCUGUAUAACUUCCGGUGAAUCGUGUCCAUUGUCAAGUAAACCUACAUUCCGAGAAGAAUGCAACAAUGCACCGUGUUUGGUUAAUAAUGAAAACGAAAGUAAUUCCGAACGACGUUCACCUUGGUUGCAUUCUACUUGGUCGCCUACGUGUUCCACGGAAUGUGGUAUAGGUAUUGAAAGUAGACGAGUGGCUUGUUCCGAAGGAAGUGAAUUAUUUUGCGAUCCCAAAGAGAAACCGGAAACAGAAAGGCAAUGUUUCGGAAAUGCAACCAAUUGUGAAAACGCUAAAUGGUUUACCGGGCCAUGGACUUCCUGCUCCGUAUCUUGCGGAAUUGGUGUACAGUAUCGAGACGUGCUGUGCAUUUCGAAAACAACGAGAAAAAAUGAUGGAGAGUAUACUCUGGUAGAAAUGAAAAAUUGUAAUAGCACGAAGCCGAGAAGCGAACAGGUUUGCGAGAUAACGCCUUGUUCAGCUGAAUGGUAUACCUCCGAUUGGUCCAAGUGUUCUGCUACAUGUGGUAGUGGUCUGCAAACAAGAUUAGUCCGUUGCAUUCUCGAAGGUGUUAGUAGCUCAGAUUGCAAAGAAUUUACUAAACCGAUAGAAAUUCAGCAAUGCAACGUUGAGCCAUGUAAAAAAAAUAUUACGUUACUAACUAGACCACCAAAAAAAGUUUUAGAAUCAACAGAAUGCGUGGAAAAGAAUCCAGAAUGUGAUUUGGCGGUAAAAAGUGGAAUAUGUCACAGGAAAUAUUACAAAUACACUUGUUGCCGAUGUCGAGAUUAAUAUCGUGCUAUUUAACGAAAAUAAGAAGUAUAAAAAAAGAAAAGAAAAGAAAAGAAAAAUAGAAAAUGAAUCGUAUCGUAUCGGAUAAAUUAUUUGAUAUCGUUUAAUUCGCAAUAAGGUUUGUAGUCAUUUCUUAAAUCAUAAUCCUUCUACAUUAGGGCCAUUCGUAUCUCGAAAUUUAUAAUUGUUGGAUCGUGUAAAAAGUUUUGUUCGUAUUUCAAUGAAAUAAUAGUCAAACAAAUUCUUUGGUUUUUUAUAUUCCAUCUAAUUUUCUUCAAAAUAAAUUUCAAAAUUAUUUUUUACUUGAUUUUUCAUUCUUUACCGAUAUCACAUUUUCAAAUUGCGCUUAUAAUUUUUCACCGAGAAUGUACAAAUAUCGUAGAAUUAUUUUAUUUUAUUAUUUUUUUAUAAUAUAUCUCAGCUUUUUUUUUCAAACGUAUUUUAAUAUUGCAAAAUCCAAUUAAUAUUAUCAGAGUUGUGCGAUCCUAAAGUUAAUUAUCGUGAAAAUACGAAGAAACAUUUUACUCGGCCCAAUAAUUUUUACGAUAAAGUAUUGAAUAGGGCGAGGGGGAAGAGGGAAGGGGGUAAUAGGUAUAGACAGAGAGAGAGAGAGAGAGAGAGAGAGAGACCGAAUCAAGCUUGUUUAUAAAAGACUGUUGUUUCAGAGAAAAAGUAUCGUGCAUAUUUUAUUUAUAUUCUAUUAUAUAUAUAAAUAUACGGAUUUUAUUAAUAUUAAUUAUAUAUCUUAUAAAUUAUAAUUAUUAUUAGUCACACAUUUUACUAGCUGCCAAUUUUCACGAUAGGAGAUCGCAUUUAAAACAAAACGAAAAAAAAAAGAAAGGAAAGAAAAUAAAAGAAAAUAAAGAUAAAAAAAAAAAAAAUAAAAAGCAUUACUUCGAUAGAGAAAAUUAGAAUGAGAGAUCGUAAUUAAGCUCGUUCUCGUAAUUAACACAAUUAACGAACGUUUACUAAUCGUUAAUUGCAAAUAAGUCCACCCCGUUGUAGAUUAUUUGCAAUCAAUUGUAAUCAAAAAAAAAAACAACGGAUUGAUGAUGAUUAAUCAUUCGAAUUUAAGAAAUUCUGCUAAUACGAAAGCAGAAAUGAUUUUCGAAUGUUUACAUCGAUCCGAUAUAUCGAGAAUCAAUAUCAUCGUACCUCGAAAAACAUAUCGUAGAAUUAUUAUUAUAAUUCAUUUUUCGUUAUAUGUAAUAUCGUUAUAGAAAUUUACGAAGCUUCUUUAACGAAAGAAGACAAGAAGAAGAAGAAAAAGAAAAAAAUGUUUCUGCACGAAUAACAAAAUAAAGCAUAAUUAUUAGGAUUACAAUGAAAUAUAAAUAUAGUCAAUUGAUGUAUAAGUCUAUCAUUGUAGAUAUAUCAGUAUACUACGAAUGAAACAAUACAUUAUUAGCGAUAUUUACAAUUAGCUUUUUGUCCUGACGAAACAUACGUAUCCUUUAAAAAAAAUAAAAUUGUGAUCGAUGUUCAUUGCGUUGCCAUAGCAUGUAAGACGACAAUUCAAUCUCAUUAAUAUUUUAAUUUAACAAUUUAUUUUCUUUUUUUAAUUUGAUUAUUUUAUAUUUUCCAUAUUAAUCUCGUUCAUUAAAAAAAAAAACAAAGAACAAACUAAUUUGAUGCGAUAAAUACAAAUUGGAUAUACGCAUAAAUGUUCACAAUAUUUAUAAUGGGUAAAUAAUCAUUUUUUAACUUUUUUAUUUUCGCCCCUGAAAUACUGCAAUCCCGUCGUGUUACUACGUAUAGAAAAAGAAAAUAUAAUGGUAAACUAUAUAUUAGGAAUAUGAGAUAUCAAACGUGUUCUACUAUUUUCCAUUUUCGCUGUACUCGAAAGAUUUCUGAAACAAUAAAAGUGCAUGUAGAAAUAAUAAAGAAACAUAAAAAAAAUAACAGGGAAAAUUAA